AUGGGUCGCGUUCGCACCAAGACCGUCAAGAAGUCCGCCAAGGUCAUCAUUGAGCGGUACUACCCCAGACUCACCCUGGACUUCGAGACCAACAAGCGCAUCUGCGAUGAGAUCGCCAUCAUCGCCUCCAAGCGCCUCCGCAACAAGAUUGCUGGCUACACCACCCACUUGAUGAAGCGUAUCCAGCGUGGUCCCGUCCGCGGUAUCUCCUUCAAGCUUCAGGAGGAGGAGCGUGAGCGCAAGGAUCAGUUCGUCCCCGAGGUCUCCGCCCUCGACUUCACCCAGAACACCGAGAGCGGCCAGCUCGAGGUCGAUGUCGAGACCAAGGACCUUCUCAAGCACCUCGGCUUCGACGCUAUCCCCGUCAACGUCACUCCCGUCGGCCAGACCCAGGUCCAGGAGCGCGGAGGCCGCUUCGGUGGCCGCCCCCCUCGCCGCGACUAA